CGGCACUAGUAAUGAUGAAGAAUAGGUAAUAUUUUAUUGAAAUUGAAAGAAACAUAAACUGGGCAGUCAUCGGCCGCAAAACUCUGUAGUCACCCAUCAAUUUUUGGACUUCUACUGUCGCAUGCUCCAGACCCUUCUUCCCUUCUUCCAUCCUCAACCCCUUUAUAAAUCUCCCACCCCACCCCACACAACACAACACCAUUUCUACAUCUACCCACACCUUCUUGCUAUUCUCUCUUCUUUUCUCCCCACCCACCAACAUACUCAACUCCAACAACCAUGGAAAUAGACAUUAACACAGACAUCGAUGCAAUCCACAACCUCCACUUCUCCGGAUACACUACCAUCACCGACACCACCCCCUCUUCUGACGACGACUACGGUUGCAACUGGAACCACUGGUCCCCCCUCGUCAACUGGGACGCCUUCACCGGAUCCCACGAUGACUUCCACCACCUCAUCGACUCUAUCGUCUCCGACGGUCCCGCCGAGUACCCCAGCCCCGAAGACCACGCCGCCAGUAACUCCCCCUCCACCUCCAUAACCGAGGAAGAUGACGCCGAGGAAGAAACGGCUGCCGCCGACGAUUCCAAGGGCCUAAGACUGGUCCAUCUGCUCAUGGCCGCCGCGGAGGCCCUCACCGGCGCCACCAAGAGUCGCGACCUGGCUCGAGUGAUAUUGGUUCGGCUCAGGGAUUUGGUGUCCCACGCCUCGCACGGCUCCAACAUGGAGAGACUCGCCGCCUACUUCACCGACGCACUCCAGGGCCUGCUAGAAGGCGCCGGGGGUGCGCACAAUAACAGCAAACAUCACUACUACAUCACAUGUGGGUCCCACCACCCCCGCGACGAUCAUCAUCAUCAUCAAAACGACACCCUCGCGGCCUUCCAACUGCUCCAGGACAUAUCUCCCUACGUCAAGUUCGGACACUUCACCGCCAACCAGGCCAUCCUCGAGGCCGUGGCCCACGAGCGCCGAGUCCACAUCGUAGACUACGACAUCAUGGAGGGCGUCCAGUGGGCUUCUCUCAUGCAGGCCCUUGCCUCCGACAAAACAGGUCCACCGGGCCCACACCUUCGAAUCACAGCAUUGUCCAGAACCGGCACCGGACGCCGCUCCAUCGCCAGCGUGCAGGAGACCGGGAGGCGGUUGACGGCGUUUGCCGCAUCCCUUGUGCAGCCGUUCACGUUCCACCAGUGCAGGUUGGAUCCCGACGAAACGUUUAAACCUUCCUCUCUGAAGCUGGUUCGCGGAGAGGCUUUGGUUUUUAACUGUAUGUUAAACUUGCCGCACCUGAGUUACCGCGCGCCCGAUUCGAUUGCGUCGUUUUUGAGUGGAGCGAAAGAGUUGAAGCCGAGGCUGGUGACUUUGGUGGAGGAAGAGGUGGGGUCCAGUGUGGGAGGGUUCGUGGGAAGGUUCAUGGACUCGCUGCAUCACUACUCGGCGGUGUUUGACUCGCUGGAGGCUGGGUUUCCGAUGCAGGGGCGGGCCAGGGCCCUUGUAGAGCGGAUUUUCUUAGGCCCAAGGAUAGUUGGCUCGCUGGCCCGGAUAUAUCGGACGGGUGAAGAGCUGGAGGAGAGAAGGUCAUGGGGGGAGUGGUUGGGUGCGGCAGGGUUCAGGGGAGUCCCGAUGAGCUUCGCCAAUCAUUGCCAAGCGAAGCUUCUACUGGGUCUUUUCAACGACGGAUAUCGGGUGGAGGAGUUGGGGACUAAUAAGUUGGUGUUGGAUUGGAAAUCUCGGCGCUUGCUUUCUGCCUCCCUUUGGACUUCUUCUUCCUCAGACUCCCAUUAAUUUAUUUCUUCCUACGAAUUAAGCUAAUUAUUUCAUAUAUGAGGCUCUCUUU